AUGGCUCCCUACCAGUGGCUCAUGAAUAGAAUCAGAGACGGUCUUGGUAGGUGUGCGAACAUCGAGGAAACGAAGAGAAAUUUUAAUUUUAUUCUUUUGAGGAUACCGAUAAUAAAUGCGAUCAAAAUCCUGAACGAAAACGUAAAAUAUGCAAAGAGAAUUCACCCAAAAUUACUGCAUUAUCAAGACUUGGUUGUAAUUUAUUUCAGCUUCGUCCAAGUAUUUGUGUGUUUGUUAUUUGGCACUUUGUACGUGUAUUACAGGAACGCUUACGGAUAUUCUAAAUUAUUCUGGCAAGAAAGCUUCUGUACCUUUCAUUUAUUAUUUGGCGUUUUCAUCAACGUCAGCGUCAUUUGUUAUAGCGCGGGAUUGUUUGGGAUUCUAACUUACAUCUCUAUUCAAUUAUUGGACACAUUUAUUAUAGAUAUAAAGGUAAAAAUACAGAGGAAAGAAGUUAAUAGCAAGACAUUGCUACUGGAACUGUCGUCGAUUGUAUAUUUCAUUAAAAGCGUCGAUAAAAUAUUCGAAACUAUUGAGACUUUGUUGAUAACAGUUUUCAUUCCCAUAAUUAGCAUUGUAAGUAUAUACAUAGUACUUUACGUAUCGAUUACGUACGAAUCUCUGUUGAUAUGCUUUGCGUUUUUUUGGCUGUUGACUGUUACAGUAAUAGACUUUCUAUACUUGACAAGAAUUCCUUCGAACAUGGAACGGUUUUUCACCUGCAUAAUGGACAUUUAUUUCCUUGACGAUGACAAUAACAAAAUCACGGAAGUAUUAAUGUCCAUAUCGAGAGCCGAAGUGGGAUUCAGAAGCAACAAUUUCUUUUUCUUCGAAAAGCAAGCGGUUUUAAGUUACACUGUCGAAUUCAUCACACAAUUAAUUGCAUUUUUGACGUUAAGAAGUAAAUCUAUCAUAAAUUAGAACGUAUCCCACCGAAUAUUUCUCUGGUUCGACUGAGAGAUAAUAAAUGAAAAAUUCAGUUCGAUGCUCCUUGCCAACUGCAGCAAUAUUGCAGAUUUUGAAAUUAGACGUGACGUUCAUAUUGUGAAAUCAACAGUGAUUUUACGUCAUCAUUUUCAAUGCCCGUAUCUCGAGAGAGUUGAGGUUGGAUUAGAUUUUCGACGACUUCGAUCUACUGCAAAGGAAUUCAAACGUUAAGUAGAUUGUAAGAAAGUUCUUUGUUAAUUAUUAUGGAUUCAUCAAAAUGCAAAAAUGCAUUUUACUGUGAAGGAAAAAACUGGAAUGCUUUUAUGAGUUACGACAACGCAAUUUUUCCAUGCAUUUAGAGUUUCUUUUAACUUCACACAGGACGAACAAUGCUCAGUUAUAGAAAAUGACUAUUCGAGACAAUUGAAAAACAAGGGAGAUAACUAUAUCUUGUCAUAGCAGGAAGCAGUUGGCAGUAAUUAACAGCCGUCUCGUCUGCAACUGCGAUAAAAUAUUGGAAAGAAGAGUUAAGAAAACUGUUUAAUAUAUUUUAAAGCAUUUCGUUUAUAAUCAUUAAUUAAAUAAUAUUAAACACAGGAGAAUGGCAUUGCUGUCACAUAAGUGGGAGUCACAUUUGUAGGGAAGUGGAAUACCAAACGAAUGUCAUCCCAUUGUUCUUAAAUGUUCACUAGCAGAAAAAAAAUACUGUAGGCCUACAUAAACUUUGCACCGUUCUCAGCAAAACCUGUGUUCGUUGCACACAGAAUAAAGAAAUUCUUUCGGCUUCGGCUAAACAUGCAUGUAAAUAUGUUGAUCUGAGAUAGAAAUUCCAACAUUGUAACAAAGUCAAAGCCGAACCCGAUGUGCUUAUCGCACUUUUGUGCUCGGAAGGAAAAUGUAGAAGAUCCGUGUUCAUCGUUGUGAUUUUCUAAUAUACAAGAUGUGUAAUAGAUAAAGGUUUAUACUACUACAAUUACUUUAAAACUCAUUUUCUAUAAUGGGAAACAACAAUUUUACUUUUUAAUUGUUUAUUAGGGUAUACAUCUCAUCUACUACGUUUGUACGUUUUAACACGAGUAAUAGAUAAGAGAAAAUACAUAGAUAAUAGUGAUAUACAAAUAGAACGAGUAAAUGCACUUAGUACUGGGAUAUCAGUUAUCAAAUUACUGUAUACUUUAAUAGAUAUGAGAGAAUUGUUUUUUAUGUAGAGAUUAUAAGUAAAAUAUUGUAUGUAUAGGCGUUAUUGUUGUCAAAAUAUUAAGUGUUAAUAAAACAGUCGAUAUCUUGUCUGAUUAAAAACCGUAUUUUACUGUAUUAUUUUCGAAUAAAU